AUUCAUUGUUUACAUUUAUUUUUGUACAAUUCUGCUUGGAUUUUUAUAAUAAACAAAAGUGUUUAUUUUUUAUUAAUUAAACAAAAUGGAAGCCUGUUUAUUGUGUUUGGAUGUUAAGAACAAUGUGGACAACAUUAUAAGAGUGAAUUCAAAACAAUGGGAAACAGAGAAUGUAAAAUAUUUAAUAGAGAAGCAUCUGUGGUCCGUGGAUACUCUUAAAACGUCCAGUUGGAUGUGCCAUAGUUGUUGGCAAGAAUUAGACGAUUUUCACCAAUUUUAUACACGAAUAGAGAAAGUCCAUUCAGAAUUGGGUAAAUUAAAAGACAUGGAAGAUGUGAAAGCUUUAAUAGAAAAAAGUGAUGAACCAUUUUUAAAUUUAAAUAUGUGUAAAGAAGAAUUAAUGGAAAAUUCAGUCCAAACUGAGAUUUUAAUGGAUCAACCCUUAUCCACUGAAUAUGUCAAUGAAAGUGAAAAUCCUUUAAUAAAAGUAGAACAGGAUGAUGAAGAAUUAACGUUAGAAGAUAUGCCCCUUAAGCAAAGACGCAGACGAGGACGACCACCCAAAAAUAUGGUAUGUAAAUUAACACAAAGUAAUAAAGAUCCAUUAAUGAAAAUAGAAAGAAAUAAACUAAUAACAAAAAAUCAAAAGCGUAAAGACUUUUCAAAAAAUUUAAUAAAUGAUCAGCUUGAGAGCAAUGAUAAGGCGCUAGUAAAAAAUGAAAUAGAGCCUAUAAAUAUCUCAAAAGAAGCUAAUAUUUCAUCGGAUGGCAAUGAUGACUCUGAUACAGAAUACGACGAACACGACGAUAAACAACAGAUGGAAAUUUGUAGAAAAAAACGUAAAAAUCCCGAUGAAAAGACACGUAAAGAACAUGAUAAACUUAUAGCAGAAUAUUUUAAGAUUUACUGUAGUCUUUGUCAAAUACCCAUUGAAAAUUUUAUUGCUUUGCGAAAACAUUUUCGCGAAGAGCACGAUAAACGCGGCUUUGUAAUAUGUUGCAAGAAAAAAAUAUUCACUCGUCCCAUACUUGUCGAUCAUAUACACUUUCAUUUGGAUCCCAACUAUUUUAAGUGUAAACAAUGUGAUAAAAUCUACUCGGAUCGUUGUACUUUAGAGAGUCAUAUGAAAAUACACGAAGAUGGUCAACAAGAUCGCAAUCAUACUUGUGAUAUCUGCGGCAAAUCCUUUGUGGGUAUUACACAACUGGAAAAUCAUAAACAAACUCAUGCACCGGAUUAUGAGAAAAAGUUUUCAUGCAAUGAAUGUGGCAAAUUUUUUACCACAUUAUACAGUCUAAAUUAUCACAUACAAGCUAUACAUCACAAUAAAUAUGUAAAAAUUUGCGAUAUUUGUGGCAAAACCAUGCGCUGUCGCAAUUCCUUUAAACUGCAUAUGGAAAAACAUGACAACAAAUUAGCAACACCCAUUAAUUGUGAUAUUUGUGGUCUACGUUUAAUUGACAGACGCGGCUUAAGGCGCCACAAAAAUUCUCAGCAUCCAGUUGGUGGUAAGAAAGAGUACUCCUGUCAUAUAUGCUCGAAAAUAUCCCCAAAUCUACGGGCUCUACGCACACAUGUACGUUUUGCCCAUGAAACUGGCUACAUACACAAAUGUACAAUGUGUGAUAAGGCCUUUAAGAGACCAGAAGCAUUAAAGGAACAUAUGGCUACACAUACGGGAACCCCUUUGUAUACUUGUCCCUGGUGUCCAAAGACAUUUAUAUCGAAUGGCAAUAUGCAUAAUCAUCGUAAAAAGUCUCAUCCUAAAGAAUGGGAAGAAGCUCAACGACAAAAAUAUGGUGGAAUAUUUCCAUCGAAUCAUAAACCACCAGCCAUUAGUGUAAAAACAAAUACAACAAUAAAUUAAACAAUGUAAUGUUUACAAAAAA